AUGGAGGUCCCUCCAGGAAUGAGCGCGGACGACUCGCGGGUACCAAUCGUCGUCGGCGUCACGAGCUUUGUGCUUUCAGUUGCCUUCUUGGCUGUAUCAAUACGAGUGUACACCAGAAUAUUCGUGAUACGACAAUUUGGUAUGGAUGACUGGGCAUCCGUCUUUGCUUUUCUGUUGGUUCUUGGAUGCGGCUUGGCUGUCGCACUGACAUUGGCUGGUAUCAAGAUGACCUUCCUUUUUCAAUAUUACCGAGUCCUGGCCGUCCAAAAGAUGAAGAAGGUCUUCAUUGCGGCCAUGGUAAUAGUCGGCGCAUGGAGCAUUUCGCAGAUCCUUGUCGAGAUCUUCAUCUGUACCCCUAUCCCGGCAUUCUGGGACAAGACCAUUGAUGGCAAAUGCAUCCCGAACUACCCCCAAUGGUACAUCAACGCAGCAGGCAAUAUCAUCACCGACAUUAUUGUAUUUGUGCUGCCGCUGCCAGUUAUUCACAGACUGAAUCUGGCCCGAGGCCAGAAAUAUGUCUUGCUUGGUAUCUUCUGUUUGGGCUUUUUCACAUGUACCAUAUCCUUCAUCCGAAUCCGAUUCCUCAAGCUCGAAGAAGACUUCACUUGGCAAAAUGUCGAGACCGCCGGUUGGUCCAUCGGCGAGCUCUGCUGUGGACUCGUCUGCGCUUGCCUACCGACAUUCCGACCCUUGGUCUCUCGAUUCAUUCCCGCCCUGUCGAGCCGUAUUGCGAAAUCCUCGAAAUACCACAAGAACGGAGACUAUUCUGAAAACACCGAAAGUACCUCACGCCACCGCGAUCCCGAGCUCGGUGGUACACUUGGCAACCCGAAUCACUACUCUGCCCGCUACUCGAAACGACGAACUGGCUCGGCGGACAGCAAGGCUGAUCUCUAUGGCGUCGCCAGCUACGAUUUGAGCCACUCUGAUGCGAGCCGCGAGACAGGGCUGCCCAUCCAAGCCUCGAGAGAUAGCCCGGAUUUCACCAGUCAGACCGAUAAGAUGCCGUCUCCAUCACGGCAACAGGAGUCUAUCGAAUUGGGCGGAUAUAGACCAAACCACCACGCCGUCGUCGAAACAAGAAUCGAAGCGGGAAGGAGAGUCUCUGAUGACGAGAUCGAGCUGCAGCCAGGAGCGCCGAUCGAGGUUAAGUGCGAUAUUGUGCAGGUCUCCUCACAGAAAGUUGAGGCAAGGGGUUUCUCAUGA